UAGAUUCAUCAAGACGUCGGAGCAUCUUAUCAUUUUUUGCUCAGCCAUCCGCUCUAGAAGGAACACUCGCGAGACUUUCCUAUUGUUCCGGUUCCACCUGAACUUGAACUCGAAACAAAACGCUAUUUCGGCGAAAGCCUGUAUCUUCCUUGGAACUUGAUCUGCCCUGUCUUGUUGGCACAGUGCUUCUUCCAAUGGGUGAUUCUAAAAGAGAUAUACCGCUUACGGAAUACACCGCUGUUAAUGCAAGUUAUAAGUUGUUGAACAAGCGGUAUCGUCGGAAUCAUCGUGAAAUUGAAAAAGGAGUUGCGGCACUUACGAAAUCUUUGGAUGAGUUUGAAAAUAUCACUGAUCUGGAGAAAGCUGUCGAAUUACUUCGCGAGGCGGAAAAGGUGAUGAUUGGAUCUAAGAGAAAAGCCAAUUCUGCAUUCCUGGAGGAGUUCAGGCUAGUCAUCGCUUCCAAACGUCGGCUAGAGCACAUUAAUCAAGUUUCAUCGAUGGAAAAAAAGUGCUCAAAUUAUGCUUUGGGUUCUGGUGUCACACCAAAGAUUGCGGACACAACCAAGCGGUUCGCACCUUCUCUCCAUCCGAACGUCUCUUUGUACAACCAAUCUGAUCAGUCAAUCUACCUCACACGUUUCCAUAGACACUUGGCAGAUUAUUUAUUUACUUGCGGCUAUCCUAAAGCUGCUUUGAAGUUGGCUCGAGAAAAACCGGAGCUCAGCGUGCUCUGCUUGUCGGAUCUGUAUGAAGAAGCUGUCGUAAUCGAAGAUGCUCUUCAUCGUGGCGAUACAGGCCCGGCUCACGCUUGGCUUCAGGAAGCGAAUUUUAAACUAAGAAAAAACGAGAGCCAUUUCGAGUUUGACCUGCGCGUGUUUGAAUUCUAUCUGUUGGUUCGUCAAGGAAAACGACUAGAGGCCAUACAACACGCGAGGAAACACAUGAGUUCGGUAAAGAAAUCUGAUGAUUACAGGGCCACAAAACUUGGUCAAGCGAUGAUUCUCCUGGCCAUGAGAACUCCAGAGGAGCUUGAAGCCAAAGCGGAAGCGAGUGACCUCACGGAGAAGUGGAUUGCUAAACGUGCUCAUGAAGUCCUCUUGGAUUUUUAUUCUUAUCCGGCCCAUUCGCCUUUUCAGUUGAUUGUGAAUGCUGGCAUCUCAGUCAUCAAGACACAUCAGUGUUACGACCCAAAAACGCAACAUCGUGAUUGUGCUGUAUGCCAUCCUCUGAUCAACCAACUGGCUAUGGAUUUGCCUUCCGCUAGACACGAUCACUCCAUCCUCACUUGUUAUCAAACCGGCUUACCUAUGAACGAAGACAAUCCACCCAUGUGCCUUCCAAAUGGCUACGUUUACAGCCAACAAGGAAUCACCGAACUGACCGACCCCAACGGUAUGAUCACUUGUCCAAGAUCCGGUGCGCAGUUCGAGGCCUCUCAGGUCCAAAGGGUAUACAUUCUCUGACUUAUCAUGGAAGCCUAUUCACUUGUGACUAACUUCUGGCUUUUUAUGAACCAACGCCCGGCUUCUUUACCACAUCAUAGACACCUACGAGCUUGUACUUGCACGGCUGACCCCCAUCUUUCCAUGAUUCACUUUUCAUUAGCGUGUCUUUCACAAUUGUCAAUGCUUCCGCCGCUUUAUCGUCAUUCUUUCUUUAACUCAUUUUGUCCCUGUCGUGCAUCUCCCCCGAUCCACAUACUGUUCACAAUUUGGGCACACACACAUACGCGCUUGUUCUUGUUCCUCUUCUUUCCGUGUGGGGUUGUUAUUAGGCAUAGCGAGUCACCACCACUCAUCGUCAAGAUUUCACUCGUAACAGUUUACCCUUUACCGUUUGGCUUUUGUCUAUUUAACGCACAUUGUUUCUCGUUAAAUCAUUUUUCUGUUUAU